GUUUUUUAUUUUGUGGAAAAAUAGCCACCCACAAGCAUACAUAAUUGGCUUCAUAAUAAAGUAUCUCAAUGACUCACAAUUCAACAAUAACAACUACAAAAACUUCUUUCACAUGGAUAUGAUUAGGAACAAUUGUCAAUAAUUACAAACCUCAUCAAACCAAACUAAAUUAUAGUAUUUCUCAAAAAGCAUCAUCAUCUAAACAAUUUUUGUUACACAUUUAUGGCUUUCCUAAGUCAUAACAUAAAUCACUUGUUGAUUACUUUCAUCAUAUUUUGCAGCUUUUGUUCAUGUUAUAGUUCCAUCAAUGACACCAUUACUUUAUCAAAAUCACUCAAAGACCAAGAUACAAUAACCUCAAACAGCACAAACUUCAAGUUAGGAUUUUUUAGCCCAAUAAACUCAACAAACCGUUACCUAGGAAUUUGGUACAUCAAUGAAACAAACAACAUAUGGAUUGCAAACAGAGACCAACCUCUUAAAGAUUCAAAUGGAAUUGUCUCAAUUCACAAAGAUGGUAAUCUUGUAAUCUUGAACAAACAAAAGGGUGACAUCAUUUGGUCAACAAACAUUUCAACUUCAACAAAUUCAACAGCUCAACUUGAUGAUUCAGGAAACUUGAUUCUAAGAGACAUCAAUUCAGGAGAAACAAUUUGGGAUAGUUUCUCACACCCUGCAGAUGCAGCUGUUCCAACCAUGAGAAUUGGUGCUAACAAAAUAACCGGUAAGAAAAUAACUUUUGUAUCAAGAAAGAGUGAAAAUGAUCCUUCUUCAGGACAUUUUUCGGCUAGUCUUGAAAGAUUGGAUGCACCAGAAGUUUUUAUUUGGCAUGAUAAAAAUAUUCAUUGGAGAACUGGUCCAUGGAAUGGAAGAGUUUUUCUCGGAUCGCCAAGAAUGUUAACCGAGUAUUUAUUCGGUUGGCGUUUAGAUCAUGACGGUGAUGGAACGGAUUAUAUAACUUACAAUUUCGCCGACAAAACUAAGUUUGGAAUUCUCACAUUGACAUACCAUGGAACACUUAAGUUGGUUGAGUAUAUUAAUAAAACAAAGUUUCUUAGUCUUGAGGUUGAUCAAAAUGAGUGUGAUUUUUAUGGAAAAUGUGGGCCAUUUGGUAAUUGUGAUAAUUCUAGUGUACCAAUUUGUAGUUGUUUUGAAGGGUUUGAGCCAAAGAAUUUGGUGGAAUGGAAUUUAAGAAAUUGGACAAAUGGUUGUGUUAGGAAGGAAGGAUUGAACUUAAAGUGUGAGAUGUUGAAGAUUAAUGGAUCAAGUGAAUUGAAACAAGAUGGAUUUUUGGUUCAUCAUUUUAUGAAAGUUCCUGAUUUUGCUAAGAGAUUAGAUGGUAAUCAAGACGAGUGUAGAAAAUUUUGUUUGACAAAUUGUUCUUGUGUGGCAUAUGCAUAUGAUCCUUAUAUAACUUGUAUGUAUUGGACCGGAGAGUUAAUUGAUUUGCAGAAAUUUCCUUACGGAGGAGUUGAUCUCUUCAUUCGUGUGCCGGCAGAACUAGUUGCAGUUGCAGAUACAGUUGUCAGUAAUAGUAAUAAAAAGGAAAAAGGGCAUAAAAAGAGCUUCUUAAUCAUUCCAAUUAUUGUUGGGAUAGGAGCAUUUAUCUUGGUUAUAUGUUCUUUUCUUUGGUGGAAGAAAAGUUCUACUAGAGAUAGAGGAAGACAACCUCGAAACUCGAUUAUCGGAGAAGAGAAACAAAUGAAAUUGGAUGAGCUACCACUAUAUGAUUUUGAAAAGCUUGAAAUUGCCACAAACUAUUUUCACUUUGGUAAUAUGCUCGGGAAGGGAGGUUUUGGCCCUGUAUACAAGGGAGUAAUGGAAGAUGGGCAAGAAAUUGCGGUGAAAAGACUCUCAAAAGCAUCUGGACAAGGAAUAGAAGAAUUCAUGAAUGAAGUAGUAGUGAUUUCUAAACUUCAACAUCGAAAUCUUGUAAGAAUUCUUGGUUGUUGUGUUGAAAGGGGUGAGCAAAUGUUGGUUUAUGAAUUCAUGCCAAAUAAGAGCUUAGAUGCCUUUCUCUUUGAUCCACUGCAAAAGAAAAUUUUGGAUUGGAAAAAGAGAUCAAACAUAAUUGAAGGAAUAGCUCGAGGUAUACUCUAUCUACAUAGAGACUCGAGACUAAGGAUCAUACAUAGAGAUUUAAAAGCAAGUAACAUCUUACUUGAUGGUGACAUGAUUCCAAAAAUAGCAGACUUUGGUUUAGCUAGAAUUGUUAAAGGGGGAGAAGAAGAUGAAGCUAAUACAAAAAGGGUUGUUGGAACUUAUGGUUAUAUGCCGCCUGAAUAUGCAAUGGAGGGACUUUUCUCUGAGAAAUCAGAUGUCUAUAGUUUUGGAGUUUUACUACUAGAGAUUGUCAGCGGAAGAAGAAAUAGUAGCUUUAAUCACAACGAGUGCUCUCUUAGCCUUGUCGGCUUUGCAUGGAAGCUAUGGUUAGAAGAAAACAUUAUAUCUCUAAUUGAUCCAGAGGUAUGGGAUCCAUACUAUGAGAGUAGCAUGUUGAGGUGCAUACAAAUAGGACUUCUUUGUGUGCAAGAACUUCCAAGAGAGAGACCAAAUAUAUCAAAUGUUGUUUUGAUGCUUAUAAGUGAGAUUACACAUCUUCCUCCUCCAGGAAAAGUUGCAUUUGUUCAUAGACAAAAUUCCAAAAGUACAGAAUCUUCACAAAAAAGUCAGCAAUCUUCUAAUUCAAACAACAAUGUAACUUUGAGUGAUGUCCAAGGCAGAUAAACUAAUAUGCAUAUAUGGAAUCUAUACAAUUGGAUAAACCAAAACAAUUGGAUUUGGUUGGACUCAGAAAAAAAAAUCAUAGCAAACAAGUAUGUAUGAUAUGGUGCUGAUUGGAUCACUACUAAGGCCUCGUUUGGAUCGAAAAAUAUCUUAUGCCAACAAAUGAACUUUUAUAUUAAUUCAUAAGUUUUUAGUUCUCA